AUGAAGGUGCUACCCGCCUCUGGCCUUGCUGUCCUUGUCACAGCUCUAAAGUUUGCCACCGCAGUCCCCACCCUAUUUGCAGCCACUCCUAGGACCUUCAGGAGCAGCUACCAGCUCGCGCAGGACUACCUUGACAAGUAUUACACACCCAAAGGAGGCCCCCAGGCUGGUGAGAUGGUGGUGAGACAAGGCAACCCCAUGGUCAGGAAGAUUAAGGAGCUGCAAUCUUUCUUUGGCCUCCAAGUCACUGGGAAGUUGGACCCGACUACGAUGCAUGUGAUCAAGAGGCCUCGCUGUGGCGUCCCUGAUGUGGCCAACUACCGCCUCUUCCCAGGUGAACCCAAAUGGAAAAAAAAUAUUUUGACAUACAGAGUCUCUAAGUACACACCUUCCAUGAGUCCUGCUGAGGUGGACAAGGCUGUGGAGAUGGCCCUGCGUGCCUGGAGCACCGCCGUCCCUCUGAACUUCGUUAGGAUAAACUCUGGGGAAGCAGAUAUCAUGAUAUCUUUUGAAACUGGAGAUCACGGGGAUUCCUACCCAUUUGAUGGGCCUCGAGGGACUCUGGCCCAUGCAUUUGCACCUGGAGAAGGCUUGGGAGGAGACACGCACUUCGACAAUGCUGAGAAGUGGACUAUGGGGAUGAACGGGUUCAAUUUAUUCACCGUCGCAGCUCACGAAUUUGGCCAUGCUCUAGGCCUGGGCCACUCCACAGACCCGUCAGCACUUAUGUACCCAACUUACAAGUACCAGAACCCCUAUAGGUUCCAUCUCCCCAAGGAUGACGUGAAAGGAAUUCAAGCACUAUACGGACCCAGGAAGACAUUCCCAGGAAAGCCCACCAUGCCCCAUAUCCCGCCCCACAAGCCAUCCCUUCCCGACCUCUGCGACUCCAGCUCAUCCUUUGAUGCUGUGACGAUGCUGGGAAAGGAGCUUCUGCUCUUCAAGGACAGGAUUUUCUGGAGAAGACAGGUGCACUUGGCAGCAGGAAUUCGGCCCAACACCAUCACCAGCUCUUUCCCCCAGCUCAUGUCCAACGUGGAUGCAGCUUAUGAAGUGCCUGAGCGAGGCCUUGCUUUCUUCUUCAAAGGUCCGCACUAUUGGAUCACACGAGGAUUCCAGAUGCAAGGUCCUCCCCGGACAAUUUAUGACUUCGGGCUGCCAAGGCGUGUGCAGCGAAUAGAUGCUGCGGUCUACCUCAGGAAGCCCCAGAAGACCCUCUUCUUUGUGGGAGAGGAAUACUACAGCUAUGAUGAAAGAAAAAAGAAAAUGGAAAAAGACUAUCCAAAGAACACUGAAGAGGAGUUUUCAGGAGUGAGCGGCCACGUAGACGCCGCUGUGGAGUUAAAUGGCUACAUUUACUUCUUUUCAGGACCCAAAACGUUCAAGUACGACACGGAGAAGGAAGACGUGGUUAGUGUGGUAAAAUCCAGCUCCUGGAUUGGUUGCUAA